CACGUUGGCAGACUUUAAUAAUAGAAUUCAUUUGUUGCAUUGUCGUUUGUGGAAAAAAGUAUGCUUGUCUUGACAUUAAUUUUUGUUCUAUUGUUAUUUCUACAUGCUUGCUGCGGUUAUGUAGAUGACUCAUCUCACGAUCGGCCUUGGUAUGGUGGUUUAUUUUGGAAUUUACUUGGCUAUGCUACGGUCAUUGUGCCAGGAGCAAUAUUAAUCCGUUUAGUGAAGAAUUCAAACUUCAACGAGAAAGCGGGACGAGGUUGUCUAUUUAAGAUCAUUCAAAUCUUCGUGUAUGGUGCUCCAGAAGAAAAACGAAGCUUAGAAGAAGGUGCAUCUCGAGCUAUCAAUGGAAAGGAGUCUUCACUUGGUGCAACUACCCUAAAGUUGAUAUUUUGUGCUGUUGGCCUUCAAAGUUCAUAUCUUACAUGGGGAGUUGUGCAAGAGCAGAUUAUGACGCAAACAUACGAUGAGCUUACGGAUGAUGGAAUAUUAAACAAGGUGAAGUUUGAAGAUUCACAGUUUCUGGUCUUUGGAAACAGGUUACUAGCACUAUUGGUGUCUGGUCUAUACAUAUCCAUUGCAGAACAGCCAAGAAACACAAUACCAUUCUACAAAUAUUCCUAUUCCUCCUUCUCGAAUAUCAUGAGCAGCUGGUGUCAAUAUGAGGCUUUAAAAUUUGUCAGCUUUCCUACACAAGUCCUAUGUAAGGCAUCAAAAAUGAUACCUGUCAUGAUAAUGGGAAAAGUUAUCUCAGGAAAAAGUUAUCCAUACUCUGAAUACUUUGUUGCAAUCUUACUUUCAUUUGGUACCAGUCUGUUUCUUCUUUCACAUCAUUCUGAUCAUUCACUGUACAAUAAACCAACAACUGUCAUAGGACUUUUCAUUCUUCUUGGUUACAUGAUCUUUGACAGUUUCACAUCAAAUUGGCAGUCUGCCUUAUUCAAAGAACAUAAAAUGUCAUCCAUGCAGAUGAUGUUUGGAACCAAUGUCUUUUCUAGUUUGUUCACUUUCUGUUCUUUAAUUCAAACAGGUGGGUUUUUUCACUCUUUGUCACUAAUGACUCUACAUCCUCAGUUAUUAUAUCAAGUUUUUCUCCUCUCUAUGACCUCUGCUACUGGACAAUUGUUUAUAUUUUAUACUAUCAACAACUUUGGUCCAAUUGUUUUUGUUAUAAUAAUGACAACAAGAAUGAUUCUCAGUAUUGUAUUGUCAUGCAUCAUUUACAAACAUGCGCUUACUUCCCAGGCUAUAGUUGGAGUCGUUAUUGCGUUUUUGGCAAUAUCAUACCGAAUAUUUCUGAAAUUUAGAGCAUCGAAAGAAGCAGGCAAAACCCAGGCAUUAGGGCAGAAUAUCAGUAAAUGAUACUCAUUUUUCUUGUGGCAAGAUCUGUCUUGAAACGUUGUUAGUUACCAUUUAUCAUAUGCAUCUUUUUUAAAAACCUCAAUUUUUGACUUGAAGUGUGUUAUAUUUUUACUGUAUUAUAUUUUAUCGUAGUACCAAUGUAAAAAUAGUGCUAUUUUUUUAGCCUUGACUCAUUUUCAAAUAAGUAAUAAAUAAAAUGUUUCAAUCUCUGCCUGUGCGCGGGCCCUCAAAGUCAAA